CUAUAAAAAUUAUAGCGUGGCUCACUCAGGGUGCUGUGUGCGUUGCCAGCAGUGGAAGGGAGGAGAGCUCUUCUCAGUAGCCUCCAGCACACUGCCAGCUGAGGGUCAGAGGACCAGCCUCUCCCUCUGUCUCCUGAGCCCCAUCCUUCUUGGCCAUCACCUCUUUCCUGCCCUAUGGCGGCUCUCACGGACCUCUCUUUUAUGUACCGCUGGUUCAAGAACUGCAAUCUUGUUCGAAACCUCUCAGACAAGUAUGUCUUCAUCACAGGCUGUGACUCGGGCUUUGGGAACCUACUGGCCAAGCAGCUGGUUGAUCGAGGCAUGCGGGUGUUGGCUGCUUGUUUCACCCAGGAGGGGGCCCAGAAGCUACAGCAAGAUACCUCCUACCGGCUGCAGACCACCCUACUGGAUGUCACCAAGAGAGACAGCAUCCAGAUGGCGGCCCAGUGGGUGAGGGACCAAGUGGGCGAGCAAGGUCUCUGGGCCCUGGUGAACAACGCUGGUGUGGGCCUGCCCAGUGGUCCCAACGAAUGGCUGACUAUAGAGGACUUUGUGAAGGUGAUCAAUGUGAACCUGGUGGGACUGAUUGAAGUGACCCUCCACAUGCUACCCAUGGUCAAGAAAGCCCGGGGCCGGGUCGUCAACAUGUCCAGCUCUGGUGGUCGUGUGGCUGUCAUUGGUGGUGGCUACUGUGUGUCCAAGUUUGGUGUUGAGGCCUUCUCUGACAGCAUCAGGCGUGAGCUCCACUACUUUGGGGUUAAAGUCAGCAUCAUUGAGCCUGGGAACUAUCGGACGUCCAUUCUGGGCAAGGACGGCAUAGAGUUGCGCAUGCAGAAGCUGUGGGAGCAGCUGCCUCGGGAGACCCGGGAUAGCUAUGGAGAGGAGUACUUCCGCAUCUAUACUGAGAAGUUAAUAAACAUGACUCGGUCAGCAGAGCCAAGGCUCAGAGAUGUCAUCAAUAGCAUGGAACAUGCCAUCGUUUCCCGGAGCCCACGCAUCCGCUACAACCCUGGCCUGGAUGCGAAACUCCUCUACCUGCCCUUGGCUAAGCUGCCCACCCCUGUGACAGAUUUCAUCCUGAGCCGGUACCUUCCAAGGCCAGCAGACAGUGUCUGAGCCGGGGAAGCCCAAAGGGUGGUCAGUGAAGUGUCCAGAAGGAUGCUGGGAGAAGGGACUCUGAGGUCACAAAAGGUGGCAGCAGACUUUCUGGGGACACUUUGCUUGGCUGACACACAUUGCUGGUGAAUUUAUGGGUAACUUCUAAUAGAAGAUGAGGGCCUCUUCCCACUCACUGGGGCCACACAGAAACCUGCGAUGGCCUUUGCAGGUUCAAAGACCUGCAGGAUGGCCCCGGCACUAGCUGUCGCCUGAUCUGUAUAUGGCUUUUGCUGGACCUGGGAAAGUCAAGGAGAGGAUAACUAACUCCUGCUGAAUCAUGAACCUCCCUCAGUUGUCGCUGCCACCGGGAAAUACUGUGGCACAACCAGACCACGGGAGAGUCUCGACCACUUUCUUAUUGGGUCUCUCACUAUGCAUUAACCUCUUACACACAACCCAUUAUUUGAAGUGUAUGGUAGGGCAGACGGAGUACAUGAAUAAACAGGGAAAGUUUAGGAUACUUUCGCUCUGUUUGGAUUUCUCUAUCCAUAGGUGAUUGGGGCCCACAUGAAAUAAUAUACAUUUAUUUAAUUACCAUUAAUUAAUUCUUCAAAUAUUUAUUGAGUUCUUAUUACAUACCAGGCACUGUGUAGCUGCUAGGUUAUAAAAUGAUUCAAUCAUGGUCUUGGUUUAUUUUGUGUUUUUGUUUUUGUUUUUUAGCACAGUAUGUAGUAGUGACGAUGGAUAAACAGUGAUAAAAGAAACAGAAAUCAGAAAACCACAUUUUUAGAGCUGUUAAGAGUCUUGGAGGUCAUCUAAUUCAGGGGGCCCCAAAAUUGUCUGUAUGUCAUAAUCAUGCAGUUAAUUAAAAUAAGAUUCCUAGGCCUUUAUGUUAGAAAAUAUGACUUAGUAGACUUGGGAUGGGGCCCAGAAAUCUGUAUUUGUAACAAGAACAUAGAUGAUUCUGAUGCACUUGGGAACUGCUGAUAGCUCCACAGAAGUAAUUAACGCUCAGAGGAGGAUUGGAUGUGACCAAUUCAAAGCCCCUCAGCAUAUGACCAAGAUAAAAGUCAGAUGUUCAGAUUCCCAGUGUAGGAUUUUUGUUAUAGAAGAAUAAAUUUCUGAAAUUAAUAACAUUGUUAAAUAAUUCAUUGAACUAAAUUUUUUAAAAAAUACCUUAAAUUUCUGGGUCAUAUGAAGUUCUAUUGAAAAAAAAAGAUGUUUUUGAUCUUGAGGAAUGGUCAUGUAAUAAAAGCAAAUGUGAAAAUUUUUUAAAAAA